AUGCCCGACGCCUAUAUUCUACACCGACUGCUGCGGCGCGUUGCCGCUUGGGCACUAGUCGCUUUCUUCACCGAAAUUCAUAUAAUUGGCAGCGAAAAUGUACCUCGGAAGGGUCCGGUCGUCGUGACUGCAACCCAUCAUAACAUGAUGAUCGAUCCCGCUGUGCUCUCAACCAUGUUCCCGUACCAGCGUAUUCUCCACUUCUGGGCCAAAGCCUCCCUGUUCACGAACCCGGUCGUAAAGUAUAUCCUCACUUCCGCCGGUAACAUUCCUGUCGAUCGCAAGGCCAAGGACCGCAAGCAACUCUUCCGCGGAACUUUGCAUGCACUCUCUCAUGGCGGUGCCGUCGCGGUAUUUCCGGAGGGUACCUCUUACACCGAACCCCGGAUCGUGCAAGUCAAGGACGGUGCUGCCUGGGCUGCUUUAGAGUACGCGAAAUUAGCGAAGGAGCACCCUGACCAAAUUGCGUCAGGCGCUGAGCGUGUGAUGAUUGCCACCGCAGCGAUCGUGUAUACUAACAAAACCAAGUACCGCAGUAAUGCUAUCAUGGAAUUUGGACCUCCAAUCCCUGUGGAUGCAUUCUUGGACCAGUUCAUGUCGUCAGAGGAAGGCGCUGCCAGGGCGGCAGUCAAGCGUUUGACUGCUGCCCUUGAGCAACAGCUCAUUGAAGCUACUAUCAAUGCUCCUGAUUGGGAUACGCUUUACGCUGCCCGAAUGGCGCGCGACUUGUUGUGGGAUGACGAGAGGAACAUCAACCUCGAUGACUUCGUGGUGAUAUCACAAACCCUUGUAGAUCUAUUUUCCACGCCGGAUCUAGUCCCUAACUCCGCUGCGAUAAAACGCCAGCUACUCACAUACUAUUCUCUCCUCCAGUCUAGUAAACUCACCAACUCGGUACUUGCUUCUCUACCACUCCCUGAUACACUAGACCCCCAUCGUCCUAUCCCUCUUCCUAGUCGACUGUUCACGCUCAGUCUCCUAAUUCGUGACUCGUUAUCGCUCUUUAUCCGGCUGCCACUGUUCAUUGGACCACUGCUGCUUCAUGCGCCGGCAUAUUUCUUUGCCCGGAUUGGUGCUCGACUGGCUGAGGAUGAGGAAGAAGCACAGGCUCAGAACAAGGUUGUUUUUGGCUUGCUGCUGCUCUUGCUCAUUUAUCCUAUGACUUUUUUCUUCCUCUGGGCGUUUCUAUGGUACAGUUCUGUCGGUGCACUGAUAUCUAUCACGCUAGUCACUUUGGUUGCGAUGUACCACAACAAGCUAGUCAACGACAAUUACGAACGGGCGAAACGCCUGAUUGCAGCCUGGCGUAUACUAGUGGGUGUCUGGAUUCCAAAAAAAUGGGACAUGUCUAUGAGUGCUCUUGCGCAAUAUACAAUCCCUUUAAUCCCGGCGGAGAACGAGUGGAUCGACCGGUCCAAGGUCAAGCCUAUCCGUAUUCCGUCACAAACGGCAGUCAUUCCGCCGGCCCCACCAGCUCGUUCCGCAUCGUACAAACGGCGUCGUCCGCCCACUCGCCGCCUUAUUCGACACGUCCUCCGCGCCCGUGCAGAAGCAGCAAAGGCUCUGGCUUCCCUCUUCGCUCAGCUCGAGAAGGGUCCCGCCGCGGAAGGAAAGCAAGUAUGCGCAUCAGCGCACCUGGCACGCGCAUACGGCGGCUAUAUCGAGGAGCAAUCUCUACAAGCGGACACGAAGGAAGGCGUGGAGGCAUUCGUGCAGAUCAUAGGGUGGCGCUCGGCUCGGGAAGUUGUCGCGUUUUUGCGCCAGAGGGGUGCACGCAUCGCUGCAUUGGGUAAUCGCGUCGAGGGCGAAUGGGCAGCGCUUAGUAGCGAUGGGGAGAGUGAUACUGUCAGUAUGGAGGGUGAGAAGGAGGAUGAUGUUGUUUGGAUUACAUCUUCGUGA